AUGACGUCAUACCCACAGGCGCUCGGCACAUGGCACCCACAAUGCCCUGCGCUAGCAAGAUGUCCGACGCGAUGAACUAAAGAAGGAACGAAGAGAGGCUGCCAUCCUGUGCCAUCACGAUAGCGUGGAAUGAGUAUUCCAUGUGUCCUCGGCAUGCAUGAAGGCGCUUGGGAGAGCAUACACGCGUCGAAGGGCCAGCAAGGAAGCGGGAGCAUGAAUCCAGGAGGACACGGGGCAGGGUCGGCCCAGAGCGGCGGAACGGGGGGACCAGGCGGCGGCGGUCCGACCAACCUCCCCAGCCGGUCUCAGGACGACGCCAUGGUCGGUUAUUUCUUCCAGAGGCAGCCGGGAGAGCUAGACGGGGCCGGCGGAGGGUACAGAAAACCUCGCUGGGCCAUCGGAGACGACGGGAUAGGAGACCAGAUGAGAAUGGCACACAUGAACAGCGAAUUUGAGGCGUUAAGUUUGGAAGGAGCGAGAGACAUGAGCGAGAUUGUGCCGUCAGCGAAGAAGUUAUGGGAUGUGGGUGGAGACGGAGACACGGGCGGUAAGGGAGCAGGAGAUGAGCCGAAGAGCAUCUUUCUGGGCGACCAGUGGAGAGAGAGCACCUGGGGCAGUGUACAGACUUCCAUGUCAGAUCACUCGGUGUCGCAGCCAAUCAUGGUGCAGCAGCGCAGAGCGUCGCUGGGUGGUUUCCAUGGUAACGACGUGGGCUCCGUGCUGUCGCCGCGCUCGUCGGAAGCGAGCGGUCUCGGCGUGAGCAUGGUGGAGUACGUGCUGGGGUCGUCACCGGGGUCAAAGGAGAUCGACUCGCGUAUGAACAGGCUCAAGGUCGGAUUUGAGACAGGUGGAGACGGCAGUAUGGCGAAUGACGUGGACGGAACGAAGGCAGGAAAGAAGGACAAGGUAGCGGAGGACGGAGACGGGAAGGGGGACAAGCACGACAAGGAGAGCGUCGAGCAGGCUCAGGGCAACCCUGGCACGGUCAACGGGGCGGUCAAGGAUGACAAGGGGUUCAGCCGUACCCCCGGAAGUCGUCAGGCGUCGCCCACCAGUGAGGAGAACAAAGUGCACAUUUCACAGGCAGCUGAGUUCAUCCCUCGCAGCAUGCCUACCAACAUACCUAACCAACAUAACCAGGUCAUGCAGACGACACGCCCCAUGAUGGACGAACUGAACGAGCAGACGGGUAACCUGACCCUUGACCCGCUGGAGCCAGUGACCGUUGACCCCCUGCAGUUCGACUACUCGGGUCAGAUGGGCCCAAAUAUGGAGAGUCCCGGAAACUUUGUGGCGUACGACCAGCAACAGCAGCUGUUCCGCCAGCAGCCGCUGACGAUCCAGCAGCUGACGGCAGCGCAGCAGCAGCAGUACGCCCUGGCAGCAGCUCAGCAACAACAGCAGCUAGGGCUCCCGACAGUGUUUGCCCCGAACCCCUACAUCAUCAGUGCAGCUCCUGUACAGGACCCUUAUGCAGCAGGGCUGGCUGCUGCAACACUCGCAGGAGCGCCUGCAGUGGUCCCUCCCCAGUAUGCAGCGUACAACCUGCACCCGUGGGGCGUGUACCCUGCCACUGCAGCCACCUCCGGACUCAUCCAACAACAACAGCAGGCACAGCAGCAACAGCAGGCUGCAGGACAACAGCCCGGACAGCCCAUCAACCCACAGAUGGUGCGUGGGAACCAGGGGCGACCUAUGACCCCUCAGCAGCAGGGUCAAGAGGCCAUGACCCCGCAGCAGCAGCAACAGGCCCUGCAGCAGGCUCUGCCUGCCACCCACCCGGGCGUGUCCCCCGGCCUGCUGGGAGCUGGUUACCAGGUCCUGGCGCCGGCUGCGUACUACGACCAGUCAGGACAGCUGGUCAUGGGCAGCGCCCGCGCCGUGGGGGCUCCGGUACGCCUGGUGCCGCCAGGCCCUCUCCUGCUUAACACUGCACAGCCAGGUGCGGCGAACGGUCUGGGUGCCGCUAACGGCCUCCGCCUCCUGGGUACCCAGCAACAACAACAGCAGCAGCAGGCACAACAACAACAACAACAGGCCCAACAACAGCAACAACAACAGAGUCAGCAGCCUGCCAACACUCUCUACAACGGCACCCCCGCUACCCAGCAGAACACCGGCUUCAACCCGAUGAACUCUGGCCUGGGGUUCAGUAACGGAGGCAUGGGACCUAUCGGGUCUAGUGUGGGGACAAUAGGGUCAGGCAGCUUCUCAGGAAGCCUGCUCUCUCCCGGGAUCGGCAGCAACAACAGCAGUUCCUCCCAGCGGCGUGACUCCCUGACAGGGAGCAUCGACUACAAACGUCAGAGUGUGCCCCCCAUGGGGAGCCUCGGCUGGGGUCUGGGAGGGGUUUCGCCGUCCCCUGGGCCGGUGGGCAUGCCCCUGCCCAGUCAGAGCGGACACUCGCUCACCCCGCCCCCAUCCCUGUCUGGUUCUUCCACCAGCAUCAACCUGGGAGGGUAUGACCCGUACAGCACUUCUCCCAAUGACUACACCAUCCCAGGUGCGCUGUCGACCGGCGGGCGCGUCGUCUCGGCCGCGCCCGGGGCAGAGGCACGGUACAGGAACACCUCCUCCGCAUCCAACGGACUGUUCGGCUCCGGGAGCUCGCUCUUCCCUACACGCAGCAUGACGUCGAGAUACAGGACAAACUCUGAGCAGGGACCCCCAUGGAACAGGAGUCCUCUGGACAAGGCCCCGUCCGGUCGCAGCCGGCUGCUGGAAGACUUCCGUAACAACCGCUUCCCGAAUCUGCAGCUGCGCGACCUGGCCAAUCACAUCGUCGAGUUCUCACAGGACCAGCACGGCUCCAGAUCAAGCUUGCAGCUGAGGGACCUGGCCAAUCACGUGGUGGAGUUCUCACAGGACCAGCACGGAUCAAGGUUCAUCCAGCAGAAGUUGGAGCGCGCCACGCCUGCGGAGAAGCAGAUGGUGUUUAACGAGAUCCUGAGCGCCGCGUACCAGCUCAUGACCGACGUCUUCGGCAACUACGUCAUCCAGAAGUUCUUCGAGUUCGGAACCCCGGAGCAGAAGAACGCGCUGGCACAGAAGAUCCGUGGACACGUGCUGCCGCUGGCGCUACAGAUGUACGGCUGCCGGGUUAUACAGAAGGCUCUGGAGUGUAUCCCACCUGAUCUAAAGUUCUCCUACCAGGUGGAGCUGGUGAAAGAACUGGACGGCCACGUCCUGAAAUGUGUGAAGGACCAGAACGGGAACCACGUGGUGCAGAAGUGCAUCGAGUGUGUCGACCCCUCCGAGCUGCAGUUCAUCAUAGACGCCUUCCGCGGACAGGUGUUUGCACUGUCGACCCAUCCGUACGGCUGCCGUGUGAUCCAGCGAAUCCUGGAACACUGCACGGUGGAGCAGACCAUCCCCAUACUGGAGGAACUACAUGAGAACACUGAGAGGCUUGUACAGGACCAGUAUGGUAACUACGUGAUCCAACAUGUUCUGGAGCACGGGCGCCCCGAGGACAAGAGUAAGAUCGUGAACGAACUGAGGGGGAAAGUUCUGGCCCUGUCCCAGCACAAGUUUGCCAGUAACGUGGUGGAGAAGUGCGUGUCCCACUCGUCCCGUGCAGAGCGCGCCAUGCUGAUCGACGAGGUCUGCUCCUACAACGAUGGGCCACACAGUGCCUUAUACACCAUGAUGAAGGACCAGUUUGCAUACUACGUGGUACAGAAGAUGAUAGACGUGGCGGAGCCUCAGCAGCGUAAGAUCCUGAUGCACAAGAUCCGGCCUCACAUCGCGACCCUGCGCAAGUACACCUACGGCAAGCACAUCCUGGCCAAGCUGGAGAAAUAUUUCAUGAAGAACAGCGGAGACCUGGGCCUCAUCCCUUGCCCUCCCAACGGAACCUUGUAAACAACAACAUAAACAAAUAAACAACACGGCCCUGAAGUCACUAAACACAACACAACAACGUUUCCAAACACCCCAAACAUGUUUAGCACAAACAACAUGACCGAAUAAUGUUGUGUGGGCGACAUGGCAACAAAAGGUUUUAGUUCCAACAACUUCCAUCGACUGAAAUCUCUUGAGCAGGGUUGUCUCUUUCUUUGGAAAGGUUUUUCCUACAUGUAGCGCUGAAGUGGAGGACGUAAAAGUUGUACUUUUAAGGUUUCUACACGGGAAACCUGGAAGAAGCUCUCGAGGUGUGCACAGAAGCACGGCUCCGUAAUGUCGUUAGAAAUCAGUAGUUGAGGCAGCAGAAGGUUGGAUGAUGCUAGUUUUUUUGACAGAACUGUCAAGUCAGUGCAGCAGCAGCAGAAACGGCAAGGAAAGCAGUUUAAACACGUCUGAAUACUUAAGAAAAAAAGCGUCAGCUUUAAGGAGAGAAAGAAGCAGGGCAAGUUUUAAUCUGUGUGAAACAAAACGUUCCUUUGCUACAGGAUUUGCCUUCCCAGAGGGCCAUGGGAACACAGGGAAUUCUGGGAAAGCAUAUGCAGCAGACAUUAAGCAGUGGUUUGUCGACUAAACCAAGUCCAAAAUUCUGUUUCUUAAAAGUGAGCUUUUCUUGUGGUUUAUUCUUUCUCGAGUGCUCACGUCAAACCGAAAGAAACAUCUGUGCCAAAAGUUGACUGUCUCCAGCGAAACGUUAAAGAAUGAUUCUUUCCCGACACUUCUUUUUGUGUCCUGGUCUUCCAAAACUAAAAAAAACAUGAGUGUGAACUAAAGGAGCAGUCUAGAAACAACAAGUCGAUCUACCACUAGUAUUGUACGGGCCGUUUGGUUAGAUCACUGUGUAUUGUCAUGCUGCAUGUGUUUUCCCAAAAUCUGUUAAAAAUCAAGAAACCCUGUAAGUUUUGGACCCCUUUUGGGAAAGGCAUCCCUCGUGUACUUACUUACUACCGUGUUUGUACUAGUUUUGUCCCAAACUGUCGCUGUUUCUGUAGCUGUAUAAUUACUUGUUCUUUUUCGACUGGAAAUUUUGUGUAACGUGGUCCCUGUAUGCUUCCAUGAAUUGAUCCACAGUACAUAUGUACAUACACAUUUGUAAGUGCAGUCGGAUGAUUUUGGUAGACAAUUUUUCCUGGGUCCUGUAGUAGUGUACAGUAGUUAAAAGACGUGGCUUGUCCCUCGGUGCUACUGUUGACUCGCAACAAGAACGUUUUGGUGUUUUUUUUUUUUGUUUUUCUUUCUUUUGUAAUAACCUCUUUUAGACUGAACGAGAUCUACUCAGUGUACAUAACGAAUAAUACGAACUCCUGUACCAAAAUCUGUGACUACAAAUUUUUUCUGGACUUGUACGUUAUAAUACUACUGGACAAAAAAACCUUGCGCCCGGUGUUUUUUGGGCUACUUUGGGUGUACAGUCACUCUAGAGCUGGCGUUGUAUAGCGAGGUAUGUAUAUUUGAAUUCGCCACGUGUACAUGUUCGUACGUUUUUUCUGGACAGGCCAGCUUUCCUCUUUGCGGGGAAAAUAUACAUAAAAUCUACGAUGCUUCCAAUCACUCCAGGCUGAACUAUUGUACAUGUAUUUAUGGGCCAUUUUCCGAAAACUGGAUGUUGGUUAUAAAAAGAAAAAUAACGCUCCGCUUUUGUGCGUGGACAGGACCAGAAAACGUGGGUUUGAUUCCCAAACGUUGUCUUGCAUGCCUUGAUGUGCAUUUUACCUCCUCGUGGUGUUUGUGAAGAUGUCUUUUUGGGGUUUAUAUUCGGAGUUUAGGAGUGAGAAACUAAUACCAAGUAUUUGUGUGAAAACUGUUAAUACUUAACAUGGUAAAAAUGUAGCUAUAGUCAUGUGUAACAAUGGUUAUGUACACACUUUUUUCAUUUCGUGUAACUUUUAUAUCUACAUAUAUACAGUCGCAUUUUGUACCUGUAGAUUGCUACCGCCAGAUAUGCCUAGGUUUAUAUUUUCGUGGAAUGAUAUACAUAUAUUAUGAUACAUAUUUUAUUGUAAUAUCAAUAGUAGUUUGUGAAGAAGGCAUAGUUGAUUGCAACUUUAAAUUGUACAUUGUACAUUUGUAAAUGUGAUGCUAGGCAAUGAGUUUUAUUCGCCCCCCACCCCCUUUUUUGCCCAUGUACAAACCAGUGAACAAACGUACAGACACAUGCACAUAGUUUGUCAAAAGUGUACAUUAAUUUUGCCUGUAUGAUGAAUAGAUUGGGUCUUUGUACUAAAGGAGGAUAGCAAAUUUCAUACUCAACAAAAAAAACAGAAUAGCUUCUUGCCUUGUAUGUUGAUACUUGCACCAUCGUUGAAAAAAAAAUGGAAGUCAAAUUUGAAAAUCCACCUUAAUAAUUGCACGGUAUAACUUGAUAUUUAACUUGUUAAUAUUGUGAUUACUGCUACUAACUGUAGUUGAAUGUUUUGUACUUUGGUAAACGUGACUAAAAAAUCAUGUAUAAUGAAAUAGAGUGUAGAAAUGGGUUAGAAAGUUGGCAAUGUUACUGUUGUUGGUAUUGCUUGCCUUCCUGGCAACGAUAGUGACAAUAUUCGGUACAUUGAAAACUUGAAUCUUGGGUACCUAGGCCUUUUACUGUAAAAGCCAAAUUUUGAUGAGUUUUAAAGCUGAGGAAAAAAAAACUUAAAACGUCGAAUAAUAACGGAAACUAGCGAUUGAUUUCUAAGUGUGGUACGUAGAUGACAAAGAAGGUUAAAUUAGGUUUUCGUUUAGCUAAAGUUUUCAUUGCUAUUUUUUUUCUUUUCCAAAAAAACGACUGAACAAUCGGAAGAUUAAGAAAUUGCUUUGGUGUAAUAAUACCCUCCGACAAGUAUAUAAAGGGUAGUUGUUUUGGCUUGUUUUUUUGACAUUAUUUUAGGCCCUAGGUACGUUUGAUAAAGGUUCUGAGGGAAUAGUAGGGAUGUAGCAUUUUGUAUGGUAGUGUUAGUAUGUGCAGUAUAUACAUAUAAUGUGGGCCUGAUCUGUACAUGCUGUAUAUGGAUAAAAUACAACUAGAGCCCCAAGGACCUGUAUGUGUAUCAAUUAAAAAAUCAUUGGUGUUUUGCAAACUAUCAA